UUUAGGUGACAAAAAUCAAAAUUAUUAUGUCACCAUUAUGUUCAGCAUACUAUUUUUGUUAACUGUGCCAAAUUUUGUCGAAAACAAAUACCAAUUUUGGCCUGAAGCGUCAAUACUAGACUUCCCAGUUGUUAAGGAGCUUGGGUACGAAGUUUACAUCUGUGACGGACCAACCUGAAAUCCCAGGGUCGAUUUUUUCUCAAAAAAUGCUCCGAAAGAAAAAACGACGGUUUUAAAGAAUUUCCUACGCCUUCGGGCGCGGAAAUUCAAAGAUCAUCAUUACGAAGUGAGGCUACCAGUGAAAGGUGAUAAAAUGUUCAUUGAGGAUAACUAUUCACUAGCUAAAGACCGCCUCCGAUCACAGUUUAAUAAAUUAAAAAACAAUACCGAAUUAUUGAAAACAUACGACGAUAUAUUUAAAGAACAAUUGGACAGCGGUAUCAUUGAAAAGACGACAGAAAGCCCUGGUGUUGGGGAAACCCAUUAUCUCCCCCACAGAGCUGUUAUUAAACCUAACAGAAAUACAACGAAAGUACGUAUAGUCUUCGAUGCUAGCGCAAAGCAUAAAGAUAGUCGAUCGCUAAAUGAAUGUUUAUAUACCGGUCCAUCACUGAACACUUCAUUGUUUGGAGUGUUGUUACGAUUUAGAGCGUAUAAUAUCGCAAUAACUGGUGACAUUGAAAAAGCCUUCCAUCAAAUAUCGGUAUCACCUGAAGAUCGUAAUUUACUCCGAUUUAUCUGGUACGACGAUGUGAAUAAUUUUGAUGAUCAAAAGUUUGAAAAUAACGCGCUAGCUGAUUAUAGAUUCUGCCGAGUAGUCUUUGGAGCCACUUGUUCUCCAUUUCUUCUGUCUGCAACUUUGAUUUUUCAUUUACACGGUUAUGUUGAAUGUGAUCCGCAAUUUGUGCAGAAGUUACUUGAAUCUCUGCAUGUUGAUGAUUUGACUGCGGGUGGCGUUAAUGAUUCUGAUGCUUUGUGUUUUUACACGAAGUGUCAGGAGAGGCUUAGUGAAGGAGGGUUUAAUUUGAGAAAGUUUAACUCUAACUCCAAAAUGCUUGAGAACAUCGUCAAUAGUACUCAGGAUGAAACUGAAAUCAAAUUUCAACCCACUAUUAAAGUUUUGGGACUUGAAUGGAACAAACUCUCUGACGAAAUUAAUUUCAAUUUUUCUGACAUGCUGAAGAACAUAAAAUUGCCUACUACGAAGCGAAAUAUCAUGCAUUUUUUAGCUAGUAUCUAUGAUCCACUAGGGAUAAUUAACCCUAUUGUUGUGACAAUUAAAGUAUUGUUCCAAGAUUUGUGUGUUGCAAAAUUUGACUGGGAUCAACCUUUAGAAGGUGAAUUUUUACAAAGAUGGAAUGAAAUUUGUACUAGCUUUGACACUGAAACUUUAAAUAUUGACAGACUUUAUGCUUAUAAAGAUGAAAAUGAUCAAUUUGAAAACAUUGAAUUACAUGGAUUUUCUGAUGGCUCUAAAAUUGCUUAUGGAUGUUGUGUAUACAUUCGAUUUACUUACAAGUCUGGUAAAGUUAAAACUGCACUUUUGAGUUCAAAAUCAAGAAUUAAACCAUUAACAAAUACCACUAUACCACGAAUUGAACUUUUAGGCACUUUGGUGCUAGCUAGAUUAAUGGACGUUUUAAAAAAGGAAUUAUUGAAUGUGUAUAAUAUUGACAAUAUUUUCUAUUGGACUGAUUCAACUAUUGCAUAUUCAUGGAUUAAAAACGAUAACAAAGAUUAUAAAACCUUUGUUCAAAACCGCUUAGAGGAAAUUAGAAAACUGACUGCAUCUGGCAAAUGGUGUUUAGUACCAUCGAAAGACAACCCUGCAGAUAUAGUAUCUAGGGGUUGCUCCCCCUCUGAAUUGAAUUCUUUGUGGUUCAGUGGACCCACGUUUCUAACUUUACUUGAAACCCACUGGCCACACCUUAAACCUGGUGAUAAGUUUAUUAGUGAUGACAUGACAAAAGAAGAAAAAGUUCAAACAUUAAAUAAUGAACUAAAAAAUAUUACUGUGUCUGAAAAUCUAUCUAUUAUUUCUACUGAUACUGUGUCUGAGAAUGUUUGUGAUAAUGUUAUGUCUUCUACUACUCCUGUGUCUGAUGAAGUGUAUGAUACUGUAUGUGAUGUUUCUACUGCCAAUGAAAAUGUCUCGGAUAGUGUAAACACGAAUUUCCCAAUUAUACCGGGUAUUCGUAACAUAAUUGAUAUAAAAAAUACAGUAGUUUUGAUAAAUUAGUACACGUCACAGCUUAUGUGAUGAGAUUUAUAAGUAAUGUAAAAAAGAAGAAAGAAGAUAGAAAAAAUUUUAAUUAUAAGAGGCUAUCAGCCGAAGAAAUUGGUCAUGCAAGAUUGGUAAUCAUCAAAGAUGCUCAAGAAGAUGUGAAAAGACACAAGAAAUUUAAACAUUGGGAAAAGAACCUGGAUUUAUUUGAAGACACAGAUUUUUUGCUGAGGUGCAGGGGUCGGUUAGGAAAUGCUCCUGUACCAUAUAACUCCAGCGAAGACGUACAAAACUUUGCUGCUAGUAAAAAUAUUAAUUGGAAAUUUAAUAUUGAGUCUGCCCCUUGGCAAGGCGGAUUCUUCGAACGUUUGGUCAAAUCAGUCAAAAGACCACUGAAGAAAGUUCGAACGAACUUUUAACGAUACUAACUGAAAUUGAAUUUAUACUAAAUAACAGACCAUUAACGUACAUAUAUGAAGAACUUAAUGAAGAACCAUUAACACCUAAUCAUCUUAUGUAUGGAAGAAAAUUAAACACGAAAGCAGAUGAGAACAACUUAAUACCUGAAGAUCUCUCGGCUGAUAUGAGUGUCAAACGGAAAGAAAACGUAAACCGAUUACUGACACACUUUUGGAAUAGAUGGCGUGACGAAUACGUCACAGAAUUACGAGAAUUCCACAAAUUGAAGAAUAGUCGUUUCAAUAAAUGUUUAAUUCCAAACGUUGACGACGUAGUUGUUGUUGCUGAUGAUAGAAUGCCACGAUCACAAUGGCGAAUUGGUCGAAUAAAUCAGUUAGCUGAAUCAAAGAUAACAUUUGUUGAUGAAAAGGAUCUUGAGAUUGUAAACAUUUGAGAUGACAAGUUUUGACCUCCGUCAACUGGGGGAAUGUUGAAUUGACCAUGUGACUUGAACACGUGACCUUUACACGUGCGCUCACUUUUGUAUAUAUUUUUCUGUUUAUAUUUUUGAAGAGCUUAAUUAGAUUUUACUUCUUGUUGAA